CUCUGGGUUCAGUCCCCUUAAUGUGCUGCUGUGGGUCUUACUUCAUCCUUAAAACAAAGAUUUUUAUCCAUCUGAUGGUGAAGAUCUAGUCCAGCUCUGUAAUUUCAUUCUAGUAAGCUGCUACAGUUGGUGUUAUUCAAGAAUCUAUUCACACUGCUUGAAACUGAAGGAUAUUGGAAGACUAAUGGUUGGAGAAAUUUAAGUUUGAAAUUUAGCAUCACUGCCCUGAACAAGAGAGAAUUGCUUAGCAUAAACUACACGUACAGACACAGGAACUAUCCAUCACAAUAAUCUACCUACUGCUUUUACUUCAACUGGACAAUCCUGAUUAGAAAAGAUCUUGGGACAAAAUUCAAGAAACUCUGAGAUAAAUGAAUAACAGCUCAACAUGUAUUCUUCAACCAUCCCAGAUCUCUUCUACAGCUUUACCAAUCAUUUAUACUUUACUUUGUAUCAUUGGUCUCUUUGGCAAUUCACUCUCUCAAUGGGUAUUUUUAACAAAAAUAGGUAAGAAAACAUCAACACACAUCUACCUAACACAUCUUGUGACUGCAAACCUAAUUGUGUGCAGUGCUAUGCCUUUCAUGGGUUUCUAUUUCUGGAAAGGUUUUCAUUGGAAUUAUAGCAAUACAGCAUGCAAGGUAGUCAAUUUUCUGGGAACUCUGUCCAUGCAUGUAAGUAUGUUUGUCAGUCUCUUUAUUUUAAGUUGGAUUGCCAUUAGCCGCUAUGCUACUUUAAUGAAAAAGGAGUGUGUCCUAGACAUCACUUCGUGCUAUGAGAAAAUAUUUUAUGGCCAUUUGCUGAAAAGAUUUCGCCAGCCCAAUUUUGCUAGAAAAGUAUGCGUUUACAUAUGGGGAGUUGUGAUAGGCUUAAUUAUGCCAGUUAUCAUAUACUACUCAGUUGUAGAGGUUAAAGGAGAUAAUGACAAGUGCUAUAACCAGGAGCUGGAAGUAGGACACACGCUCUCUCAGAUUGCAGGCCUCAUUGGAACCACAUUUAUCGGAUUUUCAUUUUUAGUAGUAUUAACAUCAUACUACUCUUUUGUUAGCCAUCUGAGAAAAAUAAGAACUUGUACAUCCAUUUUGGAAAAAGAUUUGACUUACCAUUCUGUGAAGAGGCACCUUUUGGUCAUCCAGAUUCUACUAAUAGUUUGCUUUCUUCCAUACAGCAUUUUUAAACCCAUUUUUUAUUCUCUACAUCACUCAAAUGACUGUGAGCAAUUGAAUUAUUUAGUAGAAAUAAAAAACAUCCUCACCUGUCUUGCAUCAGCUAGAAGUAGCACAGAUCCCAUUAUAUUUCUUCUUUUAGAUAAAACAUUCAAGAAGACACUACAUAAUCUUAUAAAAUGUGAUUCAUCACAUGUACAAUCCAAUGAUUGACUUCAGAAUGAAAAACACCAGCAGAGAAAUGUUCAUAGGAUUCUGUUAGACACUAAACUACAUGAUUAAUAGGUCAUAGCUUGGUUGAUUAAAAGAGGCACCCAAAAAAUCCCUCUUUGGUUUAUGUAUUCAUAAAACUCACUUUACGGUUCUAUUUAUAUUGAAAGUUGACAUGGCUGAGACUUUGAGAGACAAAAGUGGGGCAUAUUCAAAGAGGAUCCCACUGCAUAUGAAACAACAUACGUUUUCUGCUUAAGCCCAAUUGGAUGCUUCUAUUUAGAACACAGUAUAUCACAAUGGGGAUAAAGAAGCAAAUGGUUUCUCACUUUCUAGUAGUAUUAGAAUCUGUAGUUAGAAUACACGGGUCUACCUAUGGUUAAUGUUUGUCGGUAACUUUAAAAAUGAGUACAGGGAAAAGAAAAAAUGAGUACAGGGAAAAGAGUAAUGUCCUCAUUUAAGUCCUAUCUAAAUGCAUGAAAAACACAUUGUAAAAGUCCAAGGUUUUUUUUUUUAAAUCAAUGCAUUAAUUUGGUAUUAUUUGGCUCACUACUGGGAGAGGCAAUAUUCACUGAUUCCAGUACUAAGCAGGUAUUUAUAAGUGUGCUUGAAUAUUUGGAUUAUGCUUUGUCAAGAUAAAAGGCUUGUACAUUGUCAUAUGUCGAUCUUCAUCACAUUCUGUAUGUUUUCCUCUGUAUUAAAUGUAAAGAAUGUUAAUUGUGACAAGUAGUACCUGGCGUGUAAAUAUGUUCUGAUUUUUGUGAAAUAAGUGAUAAGAUGGUAUAAUAUCACACUUAAGAGACUGGUCCGUGGAAUUAAAGAGUCCUUGGCUUCAAUCCCACUCUACCAGUUCAUUUAGCUGGAGAAUUUUCUGCAAAUUAUUUACCAUCUUUAAGUGUUAAUUUCAUGAUUCAUAGAGUGGAAAAAUACUAUGUAACUCAUAGGUACUGGUAUUAUACUCGAUGAUAACUAAGUAGCUAUCAUUUACUAAGAGGUUGCUAAAUGCCAUGCACUCUGCUUAUAUGCUUUCUAUGUUUGAUUGUAAACACCACCAUAAAGUAUGCCAAAUUUACUGAUAAAAAAAGUGAAAUGCAUAAUGUCACCUAAAUUUUCCUCAAUACGUAAGUUAAUGUUGAAAGAAUAAGGAUUUCUCAAUGGUCAUUUUUUCCAUUUCUCAAUAAGAGGACUGAUGAUGACUGUAGUCUGUAUUCUACAAAUCACAAUUAAAAAAUGUUUUA